UCUCUAAUUUCUCAUUUGUUUCUAGGACUUCAAAGAAACUUGAAGCAAAAGAGAGAUGUAGGAUUAGUGCCAACUGGAGAUACGGCUGCUAUAGGGAGAAAGGUUACAACACUCAUGUCAGAUACAUGCCAUGGCUGUACCUCCAAAGCAGAGUGCUCUGGAUCAGUCAGGGUUCAAAUAUCUUGGCUGUGAAGAGGUUGCCGGAAGGGCUCAAGAUGGAUUCACCUCUUAUGAACUUAAAAAUGGGUCAUAAAGAGGACAUAUCUCGCUUUGUAGUGACCGAUGACAUGAUUUAUAGUGCUAGCAGUGACAAAAACAUCUAUGGAUGGUCAAUUUCUACAGAGAGACCUAGACCUGUUUUCUGUCUCAAAGCGAUUCACAGUCAGAGUAUUUUGGGAAUUGAUUGUAAAAGGAACAUUCUAGUCUCUGGUUCAAAAGAUAGUACUAUAAAGAUAUGGCAGUUACAGGAGACAGGCUCUCCAAACUGCACCCAGACAGUUAACGUGUCAGAUCGUGUGUGGUGUGUUGCCGUUAAUCCCUCUCUUGCUUCCAUUGCUGUUGGCUCUGCAGGCUACAACAGUGUACAUCCAAUUCAGUUGUACGAUACAGAGAGGGGGGAUGAGUUGCCUAUCACCAGAAGUGUGAGGAAAAAUGGAGCUGCAGUGUUUGACAUCCGCUGGGAGAGUCCAGAUGUGUUCUUAACCUGCGGUCAUGACACAGUGAUUCGCCUCUGGGAUCUCAGGUUGGGCAGGUGUGUGCAUGCAUGGACUGAUCCGUUCAAUGCGCCAGGCUACUGUCUCGCUACGGAUCAGCAUUACUCUAUACUCUGUGGCACUGCUCACCACGGCCGGGCUCAAUUGUGGGACAAGAGGUCAACUUCUAGUGUGCAGUCAUACUUUGGGCGGAGUAUGGCCAGCAGCCCUGUAUACAGCCUGAGCUUCGACUCCAAUCAGUUGUUUCUGGCACAGGACUCGAGUAUCAACGUGCUAGAUUUCUCCGGAUACCACCAGCCUGGUUCCCACCGUGCUGACUACAGUGCUUACUGGCAAAAUAAACCACAGCUGACACAUUAGUGCCUGGAAAUCAAAUACAAAACAUUUUUAGUCAAA